AUGUUCUGCAAAUUGUACAAUUUUUUCAACAAACGUUUCUCUAAUAUCCCGUACACACCACUCGCUGAGUGCUCAGAACUCAAGUCUUCCAAAAUGAGCCAGCCAGAGCUCGAGAGCUCUUCUGCCCCACCGUCCCCGUUUGGUAAAUUCAUGAUGCUCAAAAAAAAAGGAGAAGGAAAUCUUGCUACUUUCGGAAUCCUUUCCAUUGGAAUUUCAUUGGCUGGAGUUGUAAUUCUCAUGGGCCCGGAGAGAAUGAACAAUAUUCCAGACGAAGAGGCAAACGCUAAACGUCAAUCUUAA